GCUACUGGAUAAAUUGUUUUCUGAUGUUUCUUGCACUGUGUCUGCCUGUACUGAGAAUGAAGUCAGAAGAUAUGGUCAUUUCUUGUACUAUUUGCUUGAGAUGAUCGGCCGCUGGCACAACAGUGAAUCAAUAUAUAUGGCUGAGUGUGCUAAUACUCAGGGUUUUGUCUCUACGAUGAAGUCCUCAGCCUCCGGCAACGAGAAACUCAAUUUAGACUAUGAGAACUAUCGUCACGUGACCCACAAGUGGCACUACAAGAUUACCAAAUCCUUAGUGAUGUGUCUGGAAUCCAAAGACUACAUUCAAAUCAGAAAUGGACUGUUGCUAUUAACAAAGAUCUUGCCACAUUAUCCUAAAGUGGAGCAUCUCUCUUUGGUCCUGGAGAGAAGAGUUGGUAAGAUCAUCGAAGAAGAGAAGGACAAAAGACAGGAUCUUUAUGUACUAGCAAUUGGUUACGCUGGUAUGCUAAAGACACAAGCUCCUAAUCUUAUUCCUGAGACAGAGUUCCAUGAGAAGGUCAUUAAAAAGGAGGAACCAGAUACCUUGUCAAAUGGUAAAGACGAAAAACCCAAACCUAAACCAGCUCCAUCAUCAUCUCAAGCCAGCGAUAAACCCAAACCUCCUGAAAAACCCAAAGUAUCGACUAAAGCUCCCAAAGUGCCAGAAAAAGUGAAAUCCUCAGAAAAUAAAGUACCGACUCCGCCCGCUACUGAGAAACCAUCUAGCACUGAACGGACUGAGAAACCAAAAAGUGUUCCAAAACCAAGCGAACCAAAGACAGACAAGAUCAGUACCCCAAAAACUGGCGGAGGAGGUUCUGAAUCUAAAAGAACCCCCAGUGCUGAGAGAGUGUCAUCUACCACUACCACUGCUACUGCUAAUAAUAAUAAUAAUGCUACUGCAAAGACAGGAGCAGCUGCUGAUAAAGCAGAACCUAAAUCAUCGUCUAAAGUUGAUCACAAAUCAACUGAUUCAAAGACCAAACAAUCGGAGGAAGUCAAGACAAGUAAACCUGUUAAAACUGAGCCUGUUUCGUCACAAACCACGCCUACUUCUGACGCUAAAAAUAUCAAGAAAGAUGAAGUGAUUCAAGCCACAGCCACUAGUACCACCGAACCAAAGAAAGGUGUGGUCACCACACCCACUCUUGAAUCUAAAAAAGUGCCUAUGUUAUCUUUAGAGAAGUUACCAAGUGGGCGUGUCACUCGUCCAACUGAUUCCGACUCACCUCGUGGUCAGAGGAGACCACACCCAACAACCACAGGCGGCCAAUCAAAUUCAUCUGAAACUCAUGAUAAAGAUCCAAAGAAAAGAAAGGUUGAGGAAACAUCCACACCUGCUAAAGCGGGACAUGCCUCCUCCCCAUCAACUGAUAAAAAGGUUACUACAACCACAACAGCAGCAGCAGCUGCUACUCCUACUGGAGGAGAAGGAGGAGAUAAAACUAGUGGAAAGACUUCUAAUAAUGUCUCUACACCAAAACCAGAGAGAAAAAGGGAAAGGUUACCUGAUAAGGAUCCUCCUACCAAUAGUGAAGCUGUUAAGAAAAGGCGGGAAUCAGCACCUGGUGACUCUUCUAAAGAAACACCAGCUGCAGCUCAACCAGAACCUAAAAAAAGAAUAAUCAAAGUUGUUAAAAGUGACAAGGCAGAUGUUAGCAAGAAAAGAGCAAAAAGUCCUCCUGCUGCUCUUGUGACUGAGGAAAAGAUUAAGAAACUUUCUACUACUAAACCAGCUGCUAAGAAGCCAACAUGAUCAUCUCACCCAAUCCUAACACACUUACCUCCUCCACUCAUCCCUUCAUUUUGUACAUUAUUACUAAAUUAAAUGACACUCUUAUUAUUAUUACAGUAUUUUUGAGACUAAUAAUUAACAA